AUGGUUCGAGUCAUGAGUAUAUUCCACUUUGCAUCUCAAUCAAUACAGCAGUUAGAAAUAGAAGAAUUGUCAGCUGCAUGUUUAAUAAAUCAAGACUUUAUAGCAUUAGCAAAGAACUUUGAUCAUACAAUAGAGAUAAGGAAAUUGAGUACUGAAGUAUCUGAUACUACUGAAGGAUCUGACGACUCAAAUAGCACAACAAUUAAAUCAUUCUCUAGUGUUGACGAUGUGCAACAACUAUUCUAUUCGAAUUUUGGCAAUUUCUUGAUUUCCGUCGAAGGACGCAUUAGCAAUUAUGAAAAGGCUGAAAUUCGAUACGUUAGAAUUUAUGUGAAUUGGGAUAGUCUUACAUUGUCAGCUGCACAGUCUCAGGCACCACUUCGUGCACGCAUUGCUGGAAAAAUAACGCCGAUGAAAAAGUCUUUAGAAAUGAUUGAAUUACCAUUAAAUUAUAAUCCAUCCAUCGUUACGUUUUGUCAAAGCACUGGAAAUAUAUUGGUUGGACAGAAGAAUGUUCUACAAUUAUUCUACUUUAAAUACUGCACGAAUGAGACAACAAAGUUACAGUACAUAGACUUUUUUGAAGCACCAUUUAAAAUAGAAUUAAGUUUUGAACCGACAAAAGUGCUUCUAACUGAAAAUGUUGUAUGCUGUUGCAAUAAGCAAUACCUUCACGUUUUCAAAAUCGUUAAUCGCAAUGAAAGCAGCAAUAGUACUAUAUCAGAAUCCAAUUUCUGUACAUCAACGGAAAUUCCGCAAACCAAAGAAACCCAAAAUAUUAAUUUGGAAUAUAAUGUCGAUUUUAAAGAGAUUUGUAAACGAAAGGAAUUGAAUGGAAAUCCAUUUAAGGUUGAUAUAAAAAGCAAUCAAGAAGAUAUUUUGGGAUUUGAUGAGUCCGAAAUGAAGCCAUUAAUUGUCAACGAAUUAAAUGUUAACAUAAAGCAGCAAUUAAAUCUUCUUGAAUCAUCGAUGUUAUGUGCACAAAAUUUGAUUCAAUUAAAACUGCAGUCAAUGAAAAUUAAUGGAAUAUUGCGUGAAAAUGUGGAUAUUUUCAAGUCUAUAUAUUUGAAGCCACUUUAUGUUCGACCAAAAGUGUCUGAGAGAAUCAGCGAAUUUUCAUUGCAUUCAAAGUUUUAUGAACACUUUUAUGGAUGCGCAAUAUUAAUAACAACGCAACAAGAUGCUUUUCUGUAUCAAAUUAAUACAAUAAGUCAGCAAGAGGAUCUCUCAAAGUGCUUCCUAAAUGUUUAUCCAUUCACAUCGAAUUUAAUUGAUGUUUAUUUCAACUCUAAUGUGCUACAUGCUCUAUGCGAGAAUGGAAUUGAGUCGUACACCCAUCGUAUUUCUCAAAAACUGUAUACUGAUUUGGGUGGAAAGUAUAAUAUCCCGGAAAUAGGAGCAAUAUACAAGAAUCUUUCAAAUGCUAUAUCAUUAAUAAAUUUAAGGCCAUUUAUGAAUGUCCAUUAUAUGAUUCCUAGUGAUACGAAUGUCGUUUUGCUUGCAAAUGAUUCACCGAAUUCACCAAAUGAAGAAGGCGAGGCAAUUAAUUGGACAAUUUACAACUUGCAAAUUCCUACAAUCAACACAAUUUAUCAAGAUUUUAAAGAGUUUGCAGACAAGAGUUUAAAGCGAUAUCCUUCAUUCUAUAUAAAUCUACUAGAAGAAAUGCACUUGAUGAUUAAAGCUCACAUCAUGCUCGGUGAAUUUCAACCUGAAGAAAAUUCUGAAGUUGGCAAUGAAAUGAAGCUCGUUUGGAAUGAUUGUGAAGAGUUAUUUAUAAAAUCGUCAUUAGCAGUAGCUGAUUUCUUUGUUCUAAAUAAUCCAUGCGAGCACAAACAAAGUCUAAUCUUCUAUGAAAUGGCUAAUUUGAGCAUCAUUGGAAUAUUCCAACGUUUCCUUGAUCAAAACGGAAUGAUUUUUUCACCUUUGGGAUUGAUUGAAGUUUUAAAGAUGAGUUUUUAUAACGUCACGUUGACACACGACAACCAAAAGUUUGAUGAAAUAUUUUCAAGCACAAUAAGCUAUCCAAUCAAUGAGAAUGAUGUAAAAGUGAUCAAAUUUGGUGAGGCUAUAAUUGAGUUGUUUAGUCGAUUUGCACCAAAAGAAAUUGCAAUGCUGACAUUGGAGUCAUGUGGUGUUUUUCGUGAAUAUAUGGAUGAGAAAAUCUAUGAAUUUUUAAUCAAUUAUGAUGACAAGUCAAAUGAGGAAAUGCUGUGCAUAAUUUUACAUUUAUUGAAGAAAGACGAAGUGUCCGCAUCAAACUCGUUAUUGGAUCAAAUCAAGCGUGAAGAUUUAUAUCAACUUUUAGUACGUCAUUGGAAUAUUUUAUUUGAAUUUAGCACGCACGGUGUUGCAUCGUCAACGAAAAAAUUGUCAAAAUCAAUCAUCAGCUUCUCAGAUUUUACAGAGCUUUUGUUCCUUACAAAUUCAUCGUUUGAACGUUGUGAGCUUUUUACAGACGUGCUUCUUUAUCACAUUUAUGACACAAAAAUGAUUAAGUUUAAUGGAAACAUGAAGCUUUUUAUGGAAUAUUUAGCAUCCCAACUGGGACAUGAUUCAUACUUGAAUGGACAGAAUAUAUUAAAGAUGUUGUUGGAAAAGUAUUUAUUGCGCUAUUAUGAUACAAGAACACAGGAUGAAAUGUCUCUUUUAUCAACAACAUCUACAACUGUCUCAUCAUCAGUUUCUGAAGAGCCACAAAAGCAGGUCCAAAAGAAUGAAAGAAAGCACAGCUUUUUAAGUUGGAAUAAUGAUGAUGAUAUGCACAUUGGAAGUCAUCAUAAGCAUGCAAUGAGAAUUCUUAUGCGUGUUUAUUUAAGCCAAUUAAAAUCAAUGAGCUUGAGACAGGAGAAACGAGCAGGACAGGAUACAAGGAUUAAUAAAGCACAAUUAUUUAAGGUGAUUAACGAAAUGAGCACAAGUUUAUUUAUAAAUCAAAAAUCAGUAACAAAAUUUGACAAAAUCGCACAAUUAUUGAUACAACAUUCAGGAUCAAAUCCAAUUCUAUUUUUGGACGAACGUUAUCGGUAUUUGGAUUGGUUUCCUCCAUUCGAAAGCAUAUUACAGUUGCUAAGUAACACGGACGCAUAUGAAAAUCAAUAUGAUUAUACCAAAAUUGACAAGGAUUUAUUAUUGACACUUAUUAAGUUACAAGCUAUUUUAUGUAGUGGUGAGGUUUCAUCCGAUAUUGCAAAAGAAAUAUUAAGUUAUUUGGAAUCUAAUCGUGAAUUGAUUGGACAUGAUAGCAUAAUGAUUUGUCUUUUGCCAUUAAACCAAGCCGUUGAUCUCAUUAUUAAAAAUAAUCCACAAUGUAUCUUAGAGUAUGCACGGUGCCAUUUUAAGUUUGAUAACGAUUGGAGCAAUUUAAUUAAAAUUUUACAAAAGCAGGCAAAUGAGUUUGAGGUAUGCGAGGCUAAUAUGGGACAAAUUCUCUUUUAUCAACGUUUAUUGAAAGAAACUUUAGAAUUUUUGGCAUCAACCAAGAGUCUUGAUGUGGUUUUGAAGAUAUUUCCAAGCGAUAAACAUUUAAUUAACAAUGAAGUCUUUGAAACAAUUGAUUCAAAAUUAAAUAAUGAGUUUGAAGAUUAUGUAAAGAUAUGCGUUGAUCGUGAACGAAGUGAUAAAAUUAAGAAAAUGGUCGAGCAGACCGGCAUGCAGCUUUAUGACGCCAUAACCAAAUGA